AUGCCGAGGGACUGUUUGGAAUAUGGGAUUAAUGAUGUAACCAUGCAAAAAUGCCUGCUAGCUGAAGCUCAGCUGGGCCUCAAACGGGCGCUACAACUGGCUUUAUCAUUAGAAAAUGCGGCAAGUAGAGAAUAUGAGUUACAGAGUAUUCCGAUGGAAGUGGACACCCUCGCCAGGCCGACUGAGCUAAGAGAGCGCCACUUGAGUGAAGAUGGUGAUGGCCGUAAACUACGAGGUGCAAUCCAACGCAGCACGGAGACAGGACUUGCUGUGGAGAUGCCGAGCAGGACUGUUCGCCAAGCCAGCCAUGAGUCCAUUGAAGAAAGCAUGAAUAGCUAUGGCUCUGAAGGGAACUUGAACUAUAGUGGAGUUUGCCUGGCAUCUGAUGGGCUCUUCAGGGAUUUCCUGGAUGGAAUAGGUCCUGCACAGUUUGUGGGUCGUCAGACACUGGCCACACCAUCGAUGGGUGAUGUAGAAAUUGGGAUUUUGGAGAGGAAUGGACAGCUCGAGGUGGAGGUGAUUCAAGCUCGUGGCCUCACCCCGAAACCAGGCACAAAGUCUCCUCCAGCUGCUUAUAUUAAACUCUACCUGUUGGAGAAUGGAACGUGUGUGGCGAAAAAGAAAACUAAGAUGGCUCGGAAAUCUCUGGAUCCCCUGUACCAGCAAAUCCUGAUCUUCACUGAGAAUCCACAGGGAAAGAUCCUACAGGUGAUUGUGUGGGGUAACUAUGGCCGGAUGGAUCGCAAAUACUUCAUGGGAGUGGCUCAAGUGCUACUGGAGGAGUUGGAUCUUUCAAGUGCAGCAGUUGGAUGGUACAAGCUCUUUCCCACCUGCUCCAUGGUGGACCCACCCCUGGCUCCUCUCCUGCGUAACGCCUCACAGCUCUCCCUGGAGAGCACAGUGGGACCCUGCUGCGACCGGUCAUAACAGCGGUGGAACCUUUCUCAUUCUUUAUUUAGUGCCGAGCUUUCGGGCUGUGCGGGGGCCCCCUAGAGGGA